ACCCACAAAAUGUUCAAAAGGGGGGAGGGGGCUGUGUGAAAGGUUGCAUUUGAAUACCUCUUCCUGUGCAGAGGAGCAGGGUUUGUCUCCAAUUUCCUAGCAGCCUCAGGACCACAGAAGAAGGUCUGGCACUGAAUGUAGGAAAGGUGUCCUUAAAGGAAGAAAUGAAUGCUGUCAAGGAAGAACAGAACCUUUUAGAAACAAGACAAGAACCACCUUUGAUUAAGAAGAAGGCUGAUGAAGAUGACUUUAAACCAGAAGAGGAGAAUAUGACAAAGGAAAUGGAAGAAGGCCCCCAGCAGGAAAGUCCCAAACAAGCAGGAAUGGUCCUGGAAAUCACCAAAAAAGAGACUUGCUUGUGCCAUGACCAGAAAGAAGCUCCUCAGACCCAAGAGCGCUUCCUAUGUGAGCAAGAAACCCAUUCAGAUGAGAUCCCUGUUGAUGUUCCUCAUACGAAUGACCUCAGCGUAACCACAAUGGACCAGGUUAUUCAGAAACAUGGGAACGAUGAGACAAGCUCUCAGUGUGGACAGAGUUUCAGUGUGAGCCCACCUCCGAAAACCAACCCCGGAGAGAAGCGCUACAAAUGCUUGUACUGUGGGAAGGGCUUUGCGGUGAGAUCAGGCCUCACUGCUCACGAGAGAACCCACACGGGUGAGAAGCCGUACACGUGUUCAGACUGCGGGAAGAGCUUUAGCGUGAGCUCCAGCCUGAAGGCCCACCGGAGGACCCACACCGGAGAGAAGCCGCACGAGUGUUCGCACUGUGGGAAGCGGUUCUCCGUGAGCUCGACCCUCAAGAAGCACUACCGGACGCACACGGGCGAGAGGCCCUACGAGUGCUUGGUCUGCGGGGUGAACUUCCGCCAGAUCGGCAGCCUGAAAGCUCACCAAAAAAUCCACACAGGAGAAAAAUCCUGUGAGUGCUCUGUCUGCGGGCUGGGUUUUAGCGAGCUCUCCGUCCUUUUCUCCCAUUAUAGGACCCACACGGGGGAAAAACCCUACAAGUGCUCCGAGUGCGGCAAGAGCUUCUACCAGAAACAGGGGCUUGCUCUGCACCUGAAGAUGCACUUCGGGGAGCGGCCGUAUAAAUGCUCCGAGUGCGGGAAAAGCUUCAGCGUGAGCUCACGCCUUAAGAAGCACCAGUUGAUCCACACAGGAGAGAGACCCUUCCAGUGUCAGCAGUGCGGGAAAAGCUUUUGCUCGAGCACGGAUCUCAUCAUCCACGAGAGAGCCCACGCCGGGGACAAGCCCUAUCAGUGCUCUUUUUGUGGGAAAAGGUUCUGCCGUACCUCGGAGGUGGUCAGCCACGAGAGAAUCCACACAGGGGAGAAACCCUACAAAUGCCUGGAGUGUGGGAAGAGCUUCAGCGUCAGCUCGCGGCUGAGUACACACAAGAGAGUUCACACAGGGGAGCGGCCGUUCAAAUGCUCGCAGUGUGGAAGGACUUUCACCUACAAGGCCCACCUGGUUGCCCACGAGAGGAUCCACACGGGAGAGAGGCCGUACACAUGCUCAGUGUGCGGGAAGACCUUUCGGGUGCGCGACUGCCUCAUGGUACAUGAGAGAAUCCACACCGGGGAGAAGCCUUUCAAAUGCUUAGACUGUGGCAAAAGCUUCCGGAACAGCUCUUCUCUGGUCCAGCACCAAAGAAUACACGCAGAACGGAACAAAAGUAGAAGAGACAGGAGUAGACAACAGUCCCCUUUGACCCAAGAGAGAGAAGAAAUGUCUUCGAAAGAGGAGGAGGAAGAGGUGGCUAUACCCUUGGCUCCCCAUGAAUAUUUUCCGGUCAAGAAGACAGUGGACCAACAACACCCCACAAGUCCCUUGGGACAUGGAGAUGCCUCGGAGGGCAUGGAAAUGAUGAGCAACCAUGUGGUGAAAAAGGAAGACAUGGUGACGUUGGCAACAUCUUGUCCAGAACCAAAUCGCCCACAUCUCCUGGACACUCCGCAUUCGGACGAUAUAUACCUGACGCCCGCUGAGAAGGCCAUCAUUAGCCAUCCGGGGAAAUGGAUAUCUCGUCUCCUCCCAGGCCUCAAGGAGGAAGGGCAGAGGCUAUUUGAGGAGCGGGAGGCAGGGGACUACGGGAAGGUGAAGGCAGCUAUUUUGAAGGUGGACGCCAUCGGCACUGAGGUCCAGCGGCAGCACUUCCGGCUGUUUCAAUAUAAGGAGGCCGACGGGCCCCGCGAAGCCUGCAGCCGGCUCUGGUUCCUUUGCCAUCGGUGGUUGAAGCCCGAGCGGCACACCAAGGAGCAGAUCCUGGAGCUGUUGAUCCUGGAGCAGUUCUUGGCCAUCCUUCCUCCAGAGAUCCAGAAUUGGGUCAAAGACGGCUGCCCGGAGACCUGUGCCCAAGCGGUGACUUUGGCGGAGGAGUUUCUGCUGAAGCCACGAGAGGCGGAGAGGCCAACACAGCAGGUGCCAGGAUCUCUUGAAGAGCCAAUCGGGAGCUCUCCUGUGGUGGACAAAGCGCCGUUGGAAGCCAACCAAGAAGUGGACCAGGAGGUCAAGCAAGAGACCGUUAUGGAUGGCAUCUCCAUGGCUCAGCUAUGUGUGAGCGAAAAAAAUGUGGGAAGUCCCCAGCCCCAAAAAGGCGAACAUGAGGAACUCAGUGGAGCACCUGAGGGAGCUGUUGAAGAAAAGUUUCCUUUCUUCUGUGAACAGAAAGAUGUGUUUGAAAGUCAACCAAGACCAGAGAAACAACAUCCUAAGAAGCUCCCAAGGAAGAAGCCCCCCAAAUUGGUUCCCUUGGAGGGUGGCUACAAAGAUCUCCCGCUAACCAUGAAAGAGAACGAAACUAACAAUGGUGAGGCAUCCAUGAAAGUCAUAGUUUGCGAAGAAACCAUCGGUCAGGGUUCGGAUUCAGCCGGAGAGAAGAUUCACCGGUGUUCGGUGUGUGGCAAGUGUUUCAGUCUCCGUUCGCGCCUUAUAGUCCACGAACGAACCCACACUGGGGAGAAGCCCUAUACCUGCUCCGAGUGUGGGAGAAGCUUCAGUGUGAGCUCGAGCCUGAUCGCACAUAGGCGAACCCACACGGGAGAGAAGCCCUACAAGUGUACGCACUGCGCCAAGAGCUUCAGCGUGAAGUCAGGCUUGAUCGCCCACGAGCGGACCCACACUGGGGAGAAGCCCUACAAAUGCUUGUACUGCAGCAAAAGCUUCCGCCGCAAUUCGGGCCUCGUGAGCCACCAGAGGAUCCACACCGGGGACAAACCCUACCAGUGCUCCGUAUGCGAGAAAAGCUUCAGCGACAUCUCCAACCUCAUCACACACCAUCGGAUCCACACUGGGGAGAAACCGUACAAAUGCCUGGAGUGCGGGAAGAGCUUCAGCCAGAGCUCGUACCUCAACAGCCACCAGAGGAUCCACACGGGGGAAAAGCCGUACGAGUGCGCCGAAUGCGGCAAGACCUUCAGCGUCAGCUCCCGCCUCCGGAAACACCAGCGGAGCCACACGGGGGAGAGGCCGUUUAUAUGCUUGGACUGCGGGAAAACAUUUAGCGAAAGCUCAGACCUCCUCACUCACGAGAGGGCGCACACCGGGGAGAAACCUUAUCGGUGUUCUUUCUGCGGGAAGAGCUUCUUGCGCAGUUCGGAGGUCGUCAGCCACGAGAGGAUCCACACCGGGGAGAAACCGUAUCAUUGCGGGGAGUGUGGGAAAAGCUUCAGCGUGAGCUCGCGGCUCAGCGCCCAUCGGAGGAUCCACACCGGGGAGAAGCCCUUCCAGUGCAUGGUGUGCGAGAGGAGCUUCAGUUACAAAUCUCACCUCAUCACGCACCAGAGAAUACACACCGGAGAGAAGCCCUUCCAGUGCUCGGUUUGCGGGAAGAGUUUCCGGGGCAGCUCCAGCCUCGUUGCCCACGAGCGGACACACACCGGCGAAAAGCCGUACCGGUGUUUGGACUGCGGGAAGAGCUUCACUCAAAGCUCAAACCUUAUCAGUCACCAGAGGAUCCACGGAGAAGGGAAUUCCUGAAAAUGAAUUUCCAGAGAUUAGCAUAUAUACUCGUGUAUAAGUCGACCUCGUAUAUAAGUCGAGGGCAGGUUUGGGGCCCAAAUUAUGGAUUUUGCAAGGACCUACAGAUAAGUUGAGGGUCAUUCUUUGGAGAGGGUAAGCACCAAUGCGAUCUACCUCUAGACCAGGGGUCCCCAAACUUUUUAAACGGGGCCAGUUCACAAUCCCUUAGACCACUAGAUGGCCGGACUAUAGUUGGCCACCAAGCAAUAAUAAUAAUAAUAAUAAUAAUAAUAAUAAUAAUAAUAAUAAUAAUAAUAAUAAUAAUAAAAAAGAGGGUUGGAAGAGACCCCUUGGGCCAUUUAGCCCAACCUCCUUCUGCCUUCGUGCACCAAAAGCCCAAGCAAAGCACCCCUUUUACAAGGAGUUUUCUCCGUGUCUCUCUGAGUCCGUUAUCAGUGCACCGAAGCACCUCCUCACAUUCCACAUUCCAUGAAAUAUCUUCUGGUUUGUGUAGCACACAAACGGAAGCCUUCUGGCAAUCAAUCAGUGCUCGCUGCAGUUAACCUCUUGACUGCUGGAAUGCUUGCCGAAACAAAUCCACACACUUACAUAGCAACAAUGGAUUAAACAUUUCAUUACAAUACCACCAAAACAAUAACAGAAGAGACCACUUGGGCCAUUUAAUCGAACCCCUUUCUGCCUUUGUGCACCAAAAGCACAAGCAAAGCACCUCUGACAGAUGGCCUUCCAGCCUCAAUGUUAAUAAUAAUAAUAAUAAUAAUAAUAAUAAUAAUAAUAAUAAUGGGGUGGAAGGAACCCCUUGGGCCAUUUAGUCCAACCCCCUUCUGCCUUUGUGCUGUGGGGGCCGGUUAAAUGGCUUUGAUGUGCCGCAAGUGGCCUGCGGGCCAUAGUUUGGGGGUAAGGAGAGAAGGCACGAUCAUCAAGUUUGCAGACGACACAAAACUGGGAGGGAUAGCUAACACUCCAGAAGACAGGAGCAGAAUUCAAAACGAUCUUGACAGACUAGAGAGAUGGGCCAAAACUAACAAAAUGAAGUUCAACAGGGACAAAUGCAAGAUACUUCACUUCGGCAGAAAAAAUGGCAAUCAAAGAUACAGAAUGGGGGACGCCUGGCUUGACAGCAGUGUGUGCGAAAAAGACCUUGGAGUCCUCGUGGACAACAAGUUAAACAUGAGCCAACAAUGUGAUGCGGCUGCUAAAAAAGCCAAUGGGAUUCUGGCCUGCAUCAAUAGGGGAAUAGCGUCUAGAUCCAGGGAAGUUAUGCUCCCCCUCUAUUCUGCCUUGGUCAGACCACACCUGGAAUACUGUGUCCAAUUUUGGGCACCACAGUUGAAGGGAGAUGUUGACAAGCUGGAAAGCGUCCAGAGGAGGGCGACUAAAAUGAUUAAGGGUCUGGAGAACAAGCCCUAUGAGGAGCGGCUUAAAGAGCUUGGCAUGUUUAGCCUGCAGAAGAGAAGGCUGAGAGGAGACAUGAUAGCCAUGUACAAAUACGUGACGGGAAGUCAUAGGGAGGAGGGAGCAAGCUUGUUUUCUGCUGCCCUGCAGACUAGGACACGGAACAAUGGCUUCAAACUACAGGAAAGGAGAUUCCACUUGAACAUCAGGAAGAACUUCCUCACUGUGAGGGCUGUUCGACAGUGGAACUCUCUCCCCGGCGCCGUGGUGGAGGCUCCUUCCUUGGAGGCUUUUAAGCAGAGGCUGGAUGGCCAUCUGUCGGGGGUGCUUUGAAUGUGAUUUCCUGCUUCUUAGCAGGGGGUUGGACUAGAUGGCCCAUGUGGUCUCUUCCAACUCUACUAUUCUAUGAUUCUAUGAUUCUAUGACCCCUGGUCUAUUUUUCCGUGUCAUUUUUCCGUUUGCCCAUUCAAUAAGGCCAGAAGCGAUAACAAGGUGGAGAGGGUAGGGAGGAUUGGUACUUCUUUUAGGUUUUCCCAGGAUGAAUUAAGUUCUUGUCUUUCACCACUUCACUUACAGAAGAGGAUGGUUCCUUUGUUGAUACGAGUCAAUGUUCAGCACUGACGUUGACCAACGGAUAAAACAUCCCAAGUUUUUUACUAAAGUUUCUAGACUUACACAUGAGUAUAUAGCAGAUAUGGGUAAACUUUGGCCCUCUGGGUGUUUUGGACUCCAACUCCCACCAUUCCUAACAACCUCAGGCCCCUUCCUUUUCCCCCUCAGCCGCUUAAGCGGCUGAGGGGGAAAAGGAAAGGGCCUGAGGCUGUUAGGAAUGGUGGGAGUUGAAGUCCAAAACACCUGGAGGACCCAAGUUUGCCCAUGCUUGACUUGGACUGUGCCAUGUCAGGCUGUCCUCUUGUUAACUGUGUAAAUGGGCCAAAAGUCUGGGGUGGGUGGGUGCUUUUCUAAAAAGAAAUAAAAAAUAAAAUAUAGAGAGAUUGAGAAUCAAUUACAUGGAGGAAUCUUUGUUUCAUCAGUCUAGAAAAUGUGGGACACGGGUGGGUGAGAUUGCAAACCAGAAAAGAGGACGUACCUCUGGGAGGGGAAGACUUUUCCAUGUCUCUGGGAUCUUAUGGGUCAUAAUUUUUUUUUUGCUCAGUUUUGUUUUUGAAAGGGAAAUGAAUGUCAAGAUGGCCAAUGGCAACACUCACACUUACCUCCAACAGGCAAGAGAUCUUUAUCCCACCCUGGACAUUAUUCCACAGAUAUAUAAACCCCACUUGACUAGUUUCCAACAGACCUCACAACUUCUGAGGAUGUCUAUCAUAGAUGUGGGUGAAACAUCUUCUGGAAUAUGGCCAUACAGCCCGGAAAACUCACAGCAAUCCAAUGUCGACAUGGUCCCCAAAGUCAUCACUCACCACAGAUCACAUACAAGCCCUAGAGUUGGAAGACACCUCAGCUGCCAUCCAGUCCAUUCUCUAUGCAGGAAGACACAAUCUAAGCACUCCAGACAGAUGGCCACUCAGUCCGUGUUUAAAGACCUCAUAAGAUCCUUCCACACUGUUUAUCCCAGGUUAUCUCGUAGUAGGGACUCCUAUAUCCCAGUUUAAAGCAAAUAAUCUGGGAUCAGAUCCUGGGAUAAAGGGCAGUGUAGGAGAGCCCUGCUACACUCCAAAGCACUGUUUUGAUACUCAAAAGACCUCAUCCCAUCAUAAAGUUCCUCCUAAUAUUUAGGUGGAAUCUCUUCCUGUAGUUUGUGGGUGAACUACAACUCCCAGAAGGGAAGGUCAGUUCCCCCCAAACCCCUCCAGUAAUCAAAUUUCGGUAUAUCAGGUAUGUGUGCCAAGUUUGGUCCAGAUCCAUCAGUUUUUGGGUUCACAGUGCUCUCUGGAUGUAGGUGAACUACAACUCCCCCCCAAAUCAAGGUGAAUUUUCCCCAAAGACCUCCAGUAUUUUUUGCUGGUCAUGGGAGUUCUGUGUGCCAAGUUAGUUCCAGGUCCAUCAUUGGUGGAGUUCAGCGUGCUCAUUGAUUGCAGGUGAACUAUACAUCCCAGUACCUACAACUCCAAAAUGUCCAAGCCAAUUCCCCUCAAAACCCAACAGUAUUCAAAUUUGGACAUAUUGGAUAUGCUUGCCAAGUUUGGUCCAGAUCCAUUGUUAUUUGGGUUCAUAGUGCGCUCUGGAUGUAGGUGAACUACAACUCCUAUAAAUCCCUCCAAAGACCCCCAAUAUUUUUUGAUGUUCAUGGGUGUUCUGUGUGCCAAGUGAGUUCCAGGUCCAUCAUUGGUGGAGUUCAGAGUGCUCUAGGAUUGCAAAUGUACUAUACAUCCCAGUACUUACAACUCCUAUAAAUCAUGGUGAAUUCUCCCUAAACCUCUCCAAUAUGUUCAGUUCCUGAUCAAUUCUUGUUUGCUGUGCGCCAUAGAGAAGAAUGGGAAAGGGUUAUAUGAGAGGCAGUGGGCGGGGUCAUGCAAAUUCCAAACCAAUGGAGAGAGAAGGCAACACUGGGAUGUCUGUGGUGGAGGAAACACAUAAAAUCUAGGGUGAAAUUGUCCCCAUCUGAAACCUUCACUUGGGUAGUGGGAAGUAUGGUGUCUGUGGAGGACAUUGGCCGGGCUCUUGGAGAUGUUUACGCCACUCGCUAUAACCAACAAUGUCAUUGGAGGGAGGGCCAUUGGUGUCUCCUGAGUAGUGGCAGCUACAGCUAUUUGUGGAAGUGGGUGCCUGUCUGCAUAAGUAGACACCCCAGCCACACACAUACACAUAUAUUUUCAUUUUUAUGUGUAAAGUAUAUAUAGAAUAUUUCUCUGAUUUUUGUUUUGCUGGUUGCUUGAAUUCAAAUAUAGUCUACUGUAUUUGACAGGAUGUCCUACUGAAGAUGGAGUAUGAUUGCUUUCUGCUGAUCUAGAGAUUCAAGUUGCAGGAAAAAACAAAAUCAGUGACAGUGUUGCAUUUUAAUUAAAUUACACUAUAAGGA